UUUCACUUUUCGUCGAUGGUACUGGAGGUGCGCAGCAGUUACUUCAGUAUGCAUUUGGUGAUCGUUCCGUGAGUUACGUGGAAUUUUUCAGUGAUUUGAUUGGUGUGAACAGCCUCUUGAGGUUGAGGAAAAAAAUAACUGAAAAAUGGCUAAAUUUUUGGGGAUUCUCCUAAUGGUUCUUUUGGGACUCUUUUUCUUGGUGAAUUUCAUUCAGGCCACUGCCCAACCAAAAGCCCCCAAUUUUCAGUAUUUCGAAAGACCCCGGUACCGGUACCCUUACUACGAUGAGCAUGGCAGAGGGAAAUUACUUUAUGGCUACGGAGGAGCUGAACUCUACCAGUAUAAGAGCUAUACACCUCUGGAUGGGAUACAUUAAGUUUCAAGGAAGUCAUCAAGGUCAUCGAUUCAAAUCACAAAAAAAAAGCAGAGGGAUUUUCAGAGAAAAAUGGUCUUAAUUUACUUAUCCGGAAACAUCAAAACGCGUGAGCUCUCAAACUCGACGUUUCUGAGUUGAAAUGUACAGGACAUUGUUGCCGCGGAUAAAAGCAUCGCCAUACUUGUUCUUCAGCUGACCAUUUGCAUAUUCCUCCGUCUGAUCCAGUGCAAUAUUCAUGUAUCCGUCGAGACAGGCCAGAACACCUGCAAAAAAUUUACCGGAUUGUAUGAUUCCCUGACUUGUUUUAUAGAAAAAAUACACGAAUUACCUCUGUAAUCGACACCACUGUUCAACUUUACAACAACUGGACGACCAUGGAUUUGAUUGAUGAACUGCGAGAGAGCUUCCUUGCGAGACAUUUUACAAAAAUCUUAGUUUUUUACCUAGAAACAAGGAUUUUUGUUUACAACAACAUAACCUCAAACUUGUGAUUAUUGCGUUUUCAUUAAAAUAACCAAAUUUCAGUGCGAAAAUCAUUGGUUUUCUGAUAAAUUUGUAUUUCUUACCUCUUUAUAAAAGAAAUCUUAUGAUUUUCUGGACUGAAAACUAUGAAAAACUUCAGAAAAGCAAGAAUAAACACCGUCUGCUUUUUUUUUUCAAA